CACAACUACUUACCAUAGCACAUAUCAGCGGCAACAUGGGUAAUGAUGGUGGCAGUAUCCCAACCCGUCGCGAGCUCGUCCGCGAAGCGGCCCGCAACCCCAGCACAGCGCAAGUAAAAGAAGCGCAGCGCGAACAACAAGAACACUCCUGGACGACGUGUCCGAUAUCGCACAACCAAUUAAUGCGACCCAUUGUCUCCGACUGCGUCGGGAACCUCUACAAUAAAGACGCCAUUCUCAGAUUCCUUCUCCCCGGCGACGAAACCGACGGCAUCAGCUCCAAGGCCGAUUGCGAAGAGAUCCUCUGCGGACGGGUAAAGGGACUCCGGGAUGUCGUGGAGCUGAAGUUCGAAGUCGACACAGAGCGCGAAGCCCAUCCCGCCUCUGGAAAGCAGGACAGGCGUGAGGGGUGGAUCUGUCCCGUCACGGCGAAGCAGUUGGGUCCGAAUGUCAAGUCGGUUUAUUUGGUGCCGUGCGGUCAUGUUUUCUCGGAGGAGGCGAUUCGCCAACUCAAGGGGGAUAAGUGUCUGCAGUGCGACGAGCCAUACACCGCCGACAAUGUGAUCCCCAUCCUCCCGACCAAGGAGACCGAUAAGCAGCAGCUCAUUGAGCGUGGACACAAGCUCGCCGAGCAAGGUCUCACGCACUCGCUGAAGAAAGCCCCCGGCUCAAAGAAGCGCAAGAAGAACGCCGCGAAUGGUGAUGCGACGGAUGCGGGCAAGGAAUCAAAGCCCGCAGAGAAAUCUUCAAGUGCCACUGCCAGUCGGAGCAACACAUCUACACCCACGCCAGGCGGCUCGAGUGGUAUCAAGAAUGCCGCUACUGCGUUGCUGACGCAGCGGGUGCUGGAGGAGGAAAACGAGAAGAAAAAGCGGCGGAAGAUGCUGGGGACCAGUGACAACAUCAGCAGUCUCUUCACGAAGGAGUCGAAGGAUGCCCAUGCCAAGAAUACGGACUUUAUGACGAGAGGAUUUAGUCUUCCUGCGGCAGCUAGGAAGUAGUUGUUGGAGGUGGUUGUGCUCUUGCAUUUUCUAUACAAAUAUCUGGGUGUUAUUUCAUCGGGCGUAUGGGGGUGCAGGUCCGGCUACGGAACCGGUCUUUUCUAUUUCACUAUAUCAUAUUACGCUUGAGAUACACUAAAAUGCUAGCCAUUUAUGAUAGAUCUCGCUGCGAUCUAUAUCAGUGUCAAAUGAAC